GAAGAAGAAGAAGUCACCUGUGACGCAUUACUCCCGCGACAUAUUGAAUCCUACCUUCAGGUAAAUAAACAGCUUAUUUAGCUCAAAAAAUGCUCAAAAAGAAAUCCAGCAGCUCUGAAAAGAAAAGAAAACACUCCCAGCCCGAAGAACGACAUGAAAACAGCAAACGAAGAAGCGAGUCCAACAUGGAGGACUCGAAGGAUGAACUCGCAGACCCAGAGCUGGACAGAAUCGGCAGUGACAUUGAGGAGGGGGGUCUGGACCUCAGCCUUCUGUUCCAGCCGAUCACUGCUUAUGUCAGUGACAAGCGGGAGAUGCUGGAUCAGUGUUUCCGGGUUCUCGGAGAGAAGAAGCUACGGAAGAUGCUGCCUGAUGAGCUCAAGGAUUGUACUUUAGAGGAAAUCAAAAAGCUGUGUUGGGAUCAACUGGAGCCGGUCACAGAGAAAACUCUUAUUCAGAUCUUAGCAGGUGAAGAACUAACAUCUACAAACGCUACUGGAAUCAAAGAGGAGACAUUGGAAAGCCAACAAGAUAAUAAUGUGGAUUCUACAUCUUGCCUCAAAGAAACUACAAAAACCGAGGAACCUAAGCAAGAGGCUGGCGUCUCGAGUGAGGAGAGCGACGUCCUGAGCAUCAACGCAGAUACUUAUGACAGCGACAUAGAAGGACCCAAAGAUGACCAGACUGUAAAACUCCAGGACGGGGCGGGAAAAGGCAGCAACAGUAGUGAGGAGCGCGCUGACCCUGUCUCUAAACCUGACCCGACAAAGCCAGAGCCGAAGGCAGGCCCCGAGGCCAAGAAAGACAUUCAAAGUGACAUAGACAGAAGUGUCAGUGAGAUCCUAGCGUUGUCCUCUGCUUCAGGCGUCAAAGAACCGAGUGGAACCCAGCAGCCUUCGGCCAGCACUUCACCUGCUGCAGGCGCUGUCGUUUCAGGUCGCCCCGCGGCGGUGUCUCAACCAUCGAUUCAACAACUAGAACUUCUGGAGCUGGAGAUGAGAGCAAGGGCCAUCAAGGCAUUAAUGAAAGCCAGUGACGGGAAAAAGGCCUGUGCACCAAAAAAUUUGUAGCAUAUUUUGAAAGGAUGCGCUGGAAGGACAUCAGAGGCAAGGUCUGCCUUUUUUCAGCAAAGAUGAUGAUGUUUAUCUGUUGUGUGAUAUUAAAGGUUGUCUCAUUAUCUUGUGCAUGGGCUGGGCGGUCUGGUCCAAAGAUCAUAUGAAGCACAAUCAUGAUCUGAGUCACAAUUUUCUCAGCUCUUAUAAAGGCAGAUGAGUUACAAACCAAAAAUAAAAUGAAAGUUUUCUUUGGUCUUUGUGUGAUGCUGAUGAUAGAGGACUCUUCAUUUGAACAUCACUCCAGACCAACAUUAUUCCAGUAUUUUGUGUAGAUGAAACACUGAAACACUAUUUUCCAGUACUUACAGCUGCUGUGUUUCAUUAUUAUGUCGACUGUAGCCUAAUAUGCCCUGCGGAUGAUUUAUCAAAAACAUUUUUACACUCAAGCAUAACUCAGAAUUCAGAUACCAGAUGGUUCAGACUUUGUGUCAUAACUCCAUGUUGGAAUGAUGUUGCAGAGUGCGUACAUGUUUACUGUUAUAUUAAACCUGCCAACCUAACCUCGUGUUCCCAAAUGCAUUUUCAUCUAUUGUCACUAGAUGGCAGUGUUACCCUACUGUGCUGCACUUGGAGAAUUUUCUCAUCUUUGUAGAAGAGAGAGAUUAGUUAUCUGUUGUUUGAUUGCAGUCCAAACAGACCCAGAAAACAAAUAUUUUUUUCUUUUUAGUAACCAUAUCAUUUGGUAAUGCAGUUACAUUAAAUAUGGGUGACAUGUCAAUGAUAAUAGAAGAUGAAGCUCUGUACAUACAGAGCUUUAUAAGUCAAUGUGUUUGGCAGGAGUAUUGUAGUUUUACCCCUUUUCUUUCUUAUCAGGACCUAGUUGACUUGGAUGCUUUACAAAUAUCUUCUGUUUUCUUGUAAAAAAAAAAAAAAAAUUGAUAAAGGCCUGGAUAAA